CUUCGCCUCCGGCCUCCUCACCCACAUCCGCCGCCGCCGCCGCAGAAUCGGAAGCAAUCCGCCGCGAGUCGCGACCAUUUCUUGCGAGUAGUAGUAGAGGGGAGAGUGAGUGAGGGGCGUGCUGCAAUGGCGACUGAGGAGGUUGUCCCUGAGGUUCCGGUGACCGAGGUGGAGGCUGCCGCGGCGGAGGAGGCCGUCGAGGAGACGACGGCGGCGGAGGAGAAGGCCGCCAAGCCGGCGAAGGAGAAGAAGAAGGCCGGCAGGCCGCCGAAGGAGAAGAAGGAGGCCAAGCCGGCGAAGGAGAAGAAGGUGAAGGAGGCCAAGGCCAAGAAGCCCCGCGUCGCCGCCGCCCACCCGCCGUACGCCGAGAUGAUCAUGGAGGCGAUCGUGGCGCUGAAGGAGAGGACUGGAUCGAGCUCCCAGGCCAUCGGCAAGCACAUCCAUGCCAACCAUGGCGCCAACCUGCCGCCCAACUUCCGCAAGCUCCUCUCCGGCAACCUCAAGAAGCUCACCGCCGCCGGCAAGCUGGCCAAGGUCAAGAACUCCUUCAAGCUCUCCUCCACCCGCCCUGCCGCUCCGGCCGCCGCCGACGCCAAGCCCAAGGCCGCCCCCGCCACGAAGCCCAAGGUCAAGACCACCAAGGCCGCGAAGCCGGCUGCCAAGGCGAAGGCUCCUGCUACCACCAAGGCCGCGAAGCCGGCGACCAAGACCAAGAUCAAGGUCGCCGCCGCGCCGGCGGCGAAGCCCAAGGCGUCUCCCAAGGCGAAGGCCAAGACCGCCACCUCGCCGGUGAAGCCCCGCGGCCGCCCUGCCAAGUCCGCCAAGACCUCUGCCAAGGACUCGCCUGCCAAGAAGGCGGCGCCGGUGGCUGCCAAGAAGAAGGCGGCGGCGACCAAGAAGAAGGCGUCGGUGGCUGCGGCGCCGGCUGCUCGCAAGGGUGCGGCGAGGAAGAGCAUGAAGUAGAGGUCGCCGGCGAUGAUGCCACCUGGAUUGGAUUGCCCACCUUUUGAUCUCCACAGGCGACAGCGCCAUUAGCAUCAUCAUCAGCAAGUAGUAGCAGAAAUUGUGUUCUGUAAAUGCUUGUUCGUCUUAGUUCGUUUCACCUCCCUCUAGGCGGUAUCAUCAUCUUCUCGCCUGUAAUGAUAGGAUCCCAUCAUCCUCAAAAACCAUAAUACAAAUAUCUAUUUCGUCUUAA